CCCACCUACAGUUCCCAGGGAAGAAGGCGAAGAAGCAAAAAAAACAUUAACCAUUUUUAUAUUUCAUAGACUUCCCUGAAAAGGAAUUUGUUUUUGAAAGAAAAAGAAAUAAUCUUUCUUUGAUUUCAUUAUCUCACUGUGUAAAAUGAAACCCUGUAACUAAACAUUAGAUCUGAAUGAUCAUUUCUUUUUUCAUUUUUUCUUGAUCUCUGUUUGUUCAUUUCUGUUGUAAAAGAAAAGAAAUGUUGAAGUUGUGGAAAUGGUAUCAAAAUUGCUUAGCAAUCCACCCAGUGAAGACACAGGUUUUAAGCUCAGGCUUGAUUUGGGGUUUUGGUGACAUAGCUGCUCAAACUAUUACUCACUCUACUGCCAAAAAACACCAUCAUUUGCAGGAAAAGGAUAAAGAAUUAAAGGUUAAUUGGAAACGUGUGGCUACAACAAGUUUGUUUGGGUUCGGAUUUGUUGGACCAGUCGGACAUUACUGGUACGAAGUUUUGGACCGAUGCAUAAGGUUUGGACUUCGUUUACGACCCUAUUCUUUUCGUUUCGUGGCUACUAAAGUUGCAGUCGACGGGUUUAUCUUCGGGCCAUUGGAUUUACUUGUGUUUUUUACUUACAUGGGAUUUUCUGCGGGAAAGAGUGUUCCCCAAAUCAAAGAAGAUGUAAAGAGGGAUUUUGUACCGGCAUUAAUUCUCGAAGGAGGGCUAUGGCCAAUUGUUCAAGUCGCAAAUUUCCGAUAUAUACCGGUGAGAUACCAACUUCUAUAUGUAAACAUGUUCUGCUUGUUGGAUAGUUGUUUCUUGUCAUGGAUCGAACAACAAGAGGAUGCUCCAUGGAAGCAAUGGCUAAAUUCUUUGAUACAUUCAAAGGAGAAAAAGGAUGAAGGUUAAUACAUUUAUUGAGAAUUUUGAUGUUGAUGCACUGAAGGACUGUGUUUGGCAUCAUUGUGCAUAUACAUGGUGAAAUAGAUAUCUAUGCUAGUUUUGGAGAAUUGAAAAAAGAAAGGAAGAAAAUUUAUGCUCCAUUGAAGGACUUCUUGAACCCUUUGGGAUACAAGUGAUCAUUGUUAUUCUGUUAUCUCAUUCCUCUUGAUAAAUGAUUUUGAUAAUUCUCUUUUAA